AUGGCCGCUCCCUCCCCCUCCUACCGUCCCAGGCAGAAAAAGAAGCUCCUGGGGACGUCUCCCAGUUUCAACAAUGAUCUGAUUCUCGAGCCUGGCACGUCCAGGGCGGCGCCUGCAUUUCCCCUAGUCUCUUUUCUCUGGGCUGCCCGUGGAGGCACGUCACAAUGGCUCAUCCUGCCGUUGGUCCUCAUGGCCGUGGGCCUGUUCCGGUGGGCAGUGAGCCUGUGGGGUUAUUCUGGUUUCCAGGUACCUCCGAUGUAUGGUGAUUUCGAAGCCCAACGACACUGGAUGGAACUUACAAUUCACUUGCCUAUCACCCAAUGGUACUUCUACGACCUUCAGUACUGGGGACUGGAUUAUCCGCCCUUGACUGCGUACCACAGCUGGCUCCUGGGAAAGAUUGGCUCUCUCUUGGACCCCGCUUAUUUCGCGCUCGACGAGUCCCGUGGGAUGGAGGAUCCUGUUCUCAAAGUAUACAUGCGUGCCACUGUAUCCGUGUCAGAAUACCUCAUCUAUAUUCCGGCAGUCGUCAUCUUCGUCCGACGGUAUGCACGUCUGUUUGGUAUGCCUACUUGGUCUACUACGAUCGCCUUGGUCGCUAUCCUGCUGCAGCCGGCCACGAUUCUCAUCGACCAUGGCCACUUUCAAUACAACACGGUGAUGCUAGGACUAGUGGUUGCCAGUCUGGAGAGCAUUCUUACAGGACGUUUGCCCCUGACCUGCAUAUUUUUCGUGGCGGCGCUUGGCUUCAAACAGAUGGCGCUCUAUUACGCACCAAUCAUGUUUUCGUUUCUGCUGGGAGUGUGCGUAUUCCCCCGGAUCAGGAUUGGGCGCUUCCUGUUCAUUGCUUUGACCACUCUCGCCGCAUUUGCGGCGCUGUUUGCGCCGUUCAUCGCAGGUGCCCUGUUAAAUUGGUACCGCGGAUUGCCAUCACCAGCUCCCCUACCAGCUUUCCUGGAAAGUCUUCUGGUGCACUUGGAUGAGAAGUCCUGGUACUAUGCUCCUAUACUCCAGGUUUCGCAGAUUAUCCAUCGGAUAUUCCCGUUUGCCCGUGGCUUGUUCGAGGAUAAGGUUGCGAAUGCAUGGUGUGCAAUCCAUACCUUCUACAAACUGAACCGAUUUCCUUCGAGCGUCUUGCAGCGGGCAUCUCUCGGCGCGACUUUGAUCUCUAUCCUGGUCCCAUGUAUUGUUAUCUUCCGCUAUCCACGGCCCACCCUUCUCCUGCUUGCCUUGUGCAGCUCGGCCUGGGGGUUCUUUCUCUUUUCUUUCCAAGUCCACGAGAAGAGUGUUCUCCUUCCGCUGCUGCCAAUGACCCUCCUUCUGAGCGGCGACGGUGGUCUGAGCAAGGAGACGCGCGCGUGGGUUGGUUGGGCCAACAUCCUCGGAGCAUGGACACUUUUCCCACUCUUAAAGCGCGAGGAUCUCCGCAUCCCGUACUUUGUCAUUACCUUACUCUGGGCCUAUCUCAUGGGUCUCCCCCCAACAUCACUUGAAACUUACCGCACGCGCUCUCAACCUAAAAAUCCGAAUGCUGGCCCAGUCCACAUCUUCACUACUGUUGUGCACCUCAUCUUCUAUCUAAGCAUGGUGAUAUGGCAUGUCCUUGAGGCGUUUGUUCCUCCUCCCGCAGAUAAACCGGAUCUUUGGGUGGUACUCAACGUGCUCAUCGGAGCCAGUGGUUUUGGACUGGCUUACCUGUGGUGCACGUGGAACCUUGUCCUGCAAGCGUACCGAUUAGGCCGGAGGACGUCAGCGGAGGAGAGCAAGAAAAAGACACAGUGA